AUGGACGGACGUGUCAUUUUGGCAAAGGUUGACUGUACCCAAGAAGCUGAUCUCUGUCGGAGGAAUCACAUACAAGGGUAUCUAUCCAUUCGUAUUUUCCGCAAAGGCAGUGAUCUUAAGGAUGAGAAUGCACACCACGAUCAUGAAUCGUACUAUGGAGACCGUGAUACUGAAAGCUUAGUGAAGUGUAUCAUCUACAUGGGUGCUCAAGACAUGGAGAGACAAGCUCUUAACGUGUUCAGGAUGCGUCUUCUCGGUGCUGAGGUAAGAGGAGUCCAUUCCGGAACAGCGACUUUGAAGGACGCAACAUCCGAAGCUAUAAGGGAUUGGGUGACAAAUGUGGAGACUACACAUUACAUACUGGGAUCUGUUGCUGGUCCUCAUCCUUAUCCUAUGAUGGUCAGAGACUUUCACGCCGUGAUUGGUAAAGAGACGAGGAAGCAAGCGAUGGAGAAAUGGGGAGGGAAGCCUGAUGUUCUGGUUGCUUGUGUUGUUGGUGGCUCGAACGUCAUGGGACUGUUUCAUGAAUUUGUCCAUGACAAAGAGGUACGAAUGAUCGGUGUGGAAGCCGCUGGGUUUGGAUUGGAGAGCGGCAAGCACGCCGCCACGUUGACAAAAGGAGAUGUUGGUGUGCUCCACGGAGCUAUGAGUUACUUGCUGCAAGAUGAUGAUGGCCAAAUCGUUGAGCCACACUCCAUCAGUGCCGGCUUGGACUACCCUGGAGUUGGACCAGAGCAUAGUUUCCUUAAAGACGUGGGACGAGCUGAGUACUACAGCGUCACUGAUGAAGAAGCCUUAGAAGCGUUCAAGAGAGUGUCUCGGUUGGAAGGAAUUAUCCCGGCAUUGGAGACAUCGCACGCAUUGGCACAUUUGGAGAAACUUUGUCCGACGUUACCAGAUGGAACCAGAGUGGUCUUAAACUUCAGUGGGAGGGGUGAUAAAGAUGUUCAGACGGCCAUCAAGUAUCUUGAAGUUUAA